CAAGGAAGGAAACUAUUUUACAGGAAGCUAGCUAGCGAAUUGGCUGCCUUUUGUUUUUAGCUUAAGGGCUAGUAUAAAUCCUGAUUUGGGCGUUUUAGAUACAUUUCUUGGCCAGAUUGUGAGUAUCAUAUCAUCAGAUUUUAUUUAUUAUGCCAAUUCACGUUACUGUUUUGUUUGAAGUGAUUCAAUUAGGAUUUUAGACUUAGCAAGCUAACGUUAUACGGUUAAAACUAAGUAACGUUAGAUAGCUAACUUCUGCUGCUAACAGGCCUAGAUCGAGAUCUUAGCUAGUUAGACUGAAAAUUAUCGGUCUAUUUUUGAGUAAUUUAUCAUAUCACACAUUGGGACUCAACAGUUGAAACCAAUUAUACAAAUAAUGUAACCAUUUGACCGUCACUAUCGGUUUUGGUGAGUUGAUUAUAAGGGCGCAUUGUCAAACGAAAGCUGUCCGUCCUUUGAGUGACAUAUCAUAGAUAUACAUCAGGCACUGAGUCCUGGUUGAAGACAAAUAGGAAACUGAAUGACAAUGUAUGCACCACCUGGUGCCACUGUCCCUGGAAGCCGACGAAGGAGAGGGGGUACCGCACUUCCCAAGCAGCCAGAGCGAAGCCUGGCAUCUGCCCUCCCCGGAGCACUCUCCAUCACGGCUCUAUGUACGGCCUUGGCCGAACCAGCUUGGGUCCGAGUUCACGGAGGGACGUGUCCCAGACAGGAGCUUGGAGUGGCUGAUGUCCUGGGAUACAUUGACCCAAAACUCAUGGAGGAUUACUGCGUGAACUCCCAGACCAUCUUGCUGAUAAGGGUCAUUGCUGCCUUCUGCUUCCUGGGCAUCCUGUGCAGCCUGACAGCUUUCCUGUUGGAUGUCUUUGGGCCCAAGCACCCUGCCCUCAAGAUCACCCGCAGAUAUGCAUUUGCACACAUUCUCACAGUGCUGCAGUGUGCCACAGUGAUAGGGUUCUGCUACUGGGCCUCAGAGCUCAUCUUGUCACUACAGCAGCAGCACAAGAAGUACCACGGAUCCCUCAUCUACGUCACUUUUGCCGUCAGCUUCUACCUGGUGGCGGGUGCUGGUGGAGCCUCCAUUCUGGCCACAGCUGCCAACCUGCUGCGCCACUACCCCACAGAGGAGGAAGAGCAGGCUCUGGAGCUUCUCUCAGAGAUGGAGGAGAGCAGUGAAACAUAUCCUGCUGAUUAUGACAUUGCCAACCAGUUCCAGCCGCCUCCUGCGUACAUGCCUUAAUGUAGCCAGCCCGGCCGCUUCUUUCUCUUACAUCCAUGCUUCUCUAUGAGCACCACUAUUGGCCUCAUAACAAACAUACAUACAUAUACAGAUAUGUGAUCCAAUAAUUGUACCAAAUGGAAAUUCUCUGCAAAUAGCCUACUCUCCUUUCCAUAAUCAACAUACACUAAUGAACACACUUAUUUCUUGAUUGUGGGUGCUUGAGUGCAUGAAAGCUUCCUUUUACGAUGGCAGAGAUUCAAUACUUGAAUCUUAUUUUCACCACUGAAGCUUUUAGCAAUUUACAUGUAAAUGGCAUUAAGGACAUGAUCCUUACAUGUAAAGCAAGAGAAAGUGGUAAUAUAUGGUGUGUUAAUUCAUGCACUACUGUGCGGUUUGGGUCUACACCUGGUUUUUGAAUGACGAGAUAUGGGUUGAGACUCAACUUGGUAUAUGACAGUCAUGGCUUGACAAAGGUCAAGUUUUGAACAGAGUUUGGAGUUCAAGUCCAUUACACAAGGACCUUAAGGGACAUACACAGAUGUAUCAUUCUAACAGCUUUUUUGUUGGUAGAGUAUUUAAUUGUCUUAAAAUAUAGUUCAAUUUAUUUUUGUAAGGUAAGAAAAUUUGGUGUUUUGUUUGUUCAUUUACAUUUGUGACUAUGAAAUUUGGCCAAAAGAAUAAUGAAAUUAAUUACAUUAAAUUGUUUCAAUUUAUUUAUAUCAUAGGUAAAGAAUCCAAGUAGUACAUCUCUCCAUAAUAGUGUAACAUCUUCAUAAAUGUGUUCAAUUAUAAAUCUACUGAUGUCUUGUCACAGAUUUCUUACAUGAAUACAAUGCCAAAAAAGAUGUAACACCGUUUCUGGGUGGUCAUUACAAAAGGUACAAUUUGAAUUUGUUUUUCUUGAACUUCUUCAUAUAGUGGUUGGCAGGAUAAUAUUUAUAAAUAAUUUUAAACGAAACUUCCUACAUUUUGUUAAUAAGUAGGUAUGUGUGUAGCAGCAUCCAAACGUUUUCCCAACAGAUAUUAUCAAUAAAACAUUUCCAAUAGGGCAUGACAUUACAACAUCCCACUGAAACAAGGCUUGUAUAGCUCUAUUGUUGUUGAAUAGACCAAAAUAACAAAUCUUUCCUACUGAUGAGUCAACAGGGUUAAUCGGUAGGUAUGUUCUGAGGGUCAGGUCUUGACACGUUCCUGAAUAAUAAAGCAACACCUGAGGGAAUGGCAUCUAAAACAAUUGCAAAAUCUUUAGGUGUUACAGGGAUCUUGUAAAGUGAUAAGAAUUCAUUAUAAUUAAGUAAAAAACGUCACAAAAUGGCGUCAUAAUAUAUGCACUUACUCUUCCGAACUGUUUCGGCUGGACUCAACUUGGUAUAUGACAGUCAUGGCUUGACAAAGGUCAAGUUUUGAACAGAGUUUGGAUUUUCCACAGUGGCAGUAGUAUUUGGCCCUUGGUUUGAAACUUUAAAUGCCCACUGAACAUCCAAAACUUGGUGACUUGCCUGCCAUGUGAAUAUUAUUUAACAUUUUAUCAGUUAAACCCAAUAAAAGGCACCAAGAUUACAUAGACACUGAAUUGUGGACAUUUAUUUUUCAAUUGAAAUGGACCAUUAUGUAUUAACUGCCUGUCCCUGGUGUGGUAAAUGUUUUUUUUAUAUGUGUAUGAAAGGCACUGUUUUGCAUUUUAUUUAGUCUUGCAGUUGUGAACUUGGAAAUUAAUAGGUUUUCAAUAUUCUGUAAGAUUGGUUCGUCAUGGAAGUAAAAAAAUGUUUUACAUAAACAUGGCUAGUGAUUGAGGCACUCAUUGCUGUGAAAGAAAUUGAUGGAAAACCAUGAGAAAUGUGAAGUGUCUCAUCAUUUUGCAAUGCACGUUAUUCAAAACGUUCCUAUGUUGGACAAAUAGAGGAACAUUAUUUUCUCAUUAUAACAAUGGGCAAUAUGGGUAGAACUUCAUUGUAGAAUCAUCUAUCCACAAUGCAUUGGUAAUUUCAUAAAUUAAGUCAUUUCACUUAAAUAUACACAACUGAUUGACAACU